UAAGAAAUGUGCAGCAAAGCCAGCAAAGUGAAUAAAAAUAACAAUAUUUUUGAAUUUGAAUUCAUUUAAUUUGGACGUGGAUUUUUUGUCGCGGGACUUGUAUAAAAAAUAAUAUACGUUACUUUAUAUAUUGUUAUAUAUUAUAAUAUUUUCACUUGAAGUUCAGCAAAUUCUUGCAUGUAAAAAUUUUUUAUCGCUUAAAUCGAACUGUCAGGUGUGACGUUAAGAAGUGGUGUUUAUUAAAAAAAAAAAAAAGUGUUUUGAGGUUUUUCUACGAUUUUUUUAUUUUUGUUAAUGAAGAAAUAAAUGAAAAGCUAAUAAAUCUUAAAAACGGGAAAUUUUAGAAGCAAACAGCAAGAAAGCUUGCGGAUCUGGAACUCGGAGAAAAACGAAAGCAAAACAGAAAAUAAAUAAUAAUCAAACUGAGAGACAACAAACAAACAAACAGAAAAGUAAAAAAAAUUAAUAAAUAAUCUUUCAUUGGUCGCGAAGAAUAUUAAUGAAAAAGACUUACGAGUAAGAAAACUUCCAGAACUUUAAAAAAAAAACUUUUUCGAAAAAGUGCUGUACAUAGAAUUAAAUCAUAAGAAAAGUGCCUUUAAGAAAAGUUGAAAAGAUUAACAAGGAGAAAUUUUGGGAAAAAGUUCCUCUUUAAGUAUUUACAUAUUUACUAAUUUUAAAAUAAGAAAAGACGAAAAACAGCUACCAUGGCUUUUAUGAUGCCAGUAAUGAAAAACAAUUUUGAAAUUUAUAAGGAUACCAGAUCUCGGAAAACUUCCGAGUGCUCAAACGCUAGCUCUAAUGGUGCUGGUCCGUCAGUGGCGUCCGGUGCUGUCGGUGUUGGUAUGCCGCCGUGUAAGGGGAGGCAGCGUAAAUCAGAAAGUUUUGCUACUUCGCCGCUUCAUACGCAACGAAUGCAAAUGCAACGCUGUCAAUCGCAGCGUACAUUUCCACGGAAUGCGUCGAAAUCAUCACAGGGCUCAGUAUCGGCGACCAUAUCACCGACGCGUUCAUUCUGCCAGUCGAGUAAUACUAGUCCCCAAAAGACCGCAACGACCAGUACAACAAAUACAAGCAGUCAAAAUGAUUUAACAAAAUUCCAUUGGCGUUUAGUCGAUAAAUUGCGUCGAUCCUUUCGCAAGGAUAGUGCCAAGAGAUCCUGAAAAACAGCAAAACAUCAGCAAAACGAAGAAGAGCACGAAGUCAAGCAACCAAUAGCUCCAGUUGCAAAAAGAAGCGAAGCAGCUAAGCAUAGGCAAACCGAAAAGGGAAACGAAGACGACGAAAAUAAGAGGCGAGAAAUAUGUAAAUCUAGUAUUAAAGCUGAGCCGGUUGCCCGCAAAGAUAUACGACUUGCGAUUACGCAAACACCAGAUAUCGUCAAGUCGACGAGCAUCAAUAGCUCUUCCCUUAAGAACAGCCCGAAGGUUGAUCUAAAACACAAUUGCGGCAAGAUUGUACAUGCUACCAACAUUUUCAACAGACCUUCCGUCGGACCAGGUCCAAUUAACUGGCGUUUGACUGCUGUUCCCUUAGUGCGAGCCCAGCUCAAUAAGUGCAAUCGUAAAUUAGCUAAGUUGCAUUUGCAUUGCACCGGCAGUCCCUUAACCAGCCAUUUGCUAUUAACUUCAGGUAGCACUAUAAAUCUAUUUACAAGCAGCUCUGAAGCAUCUAAUAUGCAUAGUCAUCCGGAAAUUGAGCCUACAGCAAUCGUUGGGGAACAAUCGCAAUUGUUGCAACAAUCAGGACUCGGUCAAGAGACGCAACAUGCUGCAGUGGAGAAA